AACGCAGCUCAUUUCAUUUGCACUAGUUUGCACUUUUUACACUCGAUUAACGCAUACAAGAUCUGUCAAAAUCUAUUUGUGUCUAUGUAUGUGUGGUCAUUUAAAUUAAUAUUUGACAACUAAUUGUUGGUAAACAUUGUCUACUUUUGAUAGCUUUUUCAUCGUUAUACACACUUUUUAUGAAAUUUUCUGCGAAUGGAGGGUUCAUGAUGUCUCAACACGGAGCUGCUCUGCAAACGUAUAACCAGGAACUCGUUAAAUGUUUAGAAGAGAUGAAGCUAAGGCGAGCAGAGCUUCAAUCUCAAAUAGUAUCUCAAGAAGAAGAGAAGAAUAAUUUGCAACGUGAAAUCGAGAAAAUGUCGUGUAAACUUACGCAUUUGAAUGAUAGUCUGGCAAAAAGAAUCGCUGUCAGAAAUGAAUAUGACAGAACAAUUGCUGACACUGAGACAGCAUACAUGAAGAUUUUGGAGAGUUCACAAUUAUUGCUUAAUAUGAUAAAAAAAGAAGCUGUAAGCCUGGAUCAGACUUUAGUUAAAGCUAAAAUUGAGAAACAAUAUCAAUAAUAAAAAAAUUAUUUGA